AUGCCGUCCGGUUCAAAAAAAUAUCUCUCGCUCGCUCGCGUGGAUUUCGUGAAGCAAUUCCCAUUCCCAUUCCCAUCCUCCUCACUCCCCCCGGCCACCAUGGUUGCGGCGGCCGCCGGCGUGCCCCCCUCCUCCCUCCUCCGCCUGCGCCUCCCCUCGCCCCAGCCCGCCGCCUCCCCGCCCUCCUCCUCGCCGGCGCUGCUCCGGCCCCGCGCGCCCCGCCCCCUCCUCUCCCUCGCCGCCGCGCCCCAGCGCGCCUCCGUCGCCGCCGCCGCCGCCGACUCCAGCAACGGCAACGGCUCCUACUCCGGUAACGGCAGUCAGGCAUCGCUGAUGCCACAGUUCAGCGGCCUUAUGCUUGAUGAAAGCUCCAGGUCUAAAAGGCCGUAUAAAUGGCAAAGGGUUUUGCUAAAGGUAAGCGGCGAAGCGCUUGCCGGGGAUCAUACGGAGAACAUUGACCCAAAGGUUACAAUGGCAAUUGCAAGAGAGGUUGCUUCCGUCACCAAACUAGGCGUAGAGGUUGCUAUUGUUGUUGGUGGCGGCAAUAUCUUCCGUGGGGCCUCUUGGGCUGGAUGUAGUGGUCUUGACCGCUCCUCGGCGGAUUACAUCGGUAUGAUGGCCACUGUGAUGAAUGCAAUAUUUCUUCAAGCAACAAUGGAGAGCAUUGGGAUACCGACCCGUGUCCAAACUGCAUUUCGUAUUUCAGAAGUCGCAGAACCAUACAUACGCCGAAGAGCAAUCAGGCACUUAGAGAAAGGAAGAGUUGUUAUAUUUGCUGCUGGGACAGGGAACCCAUUCUUCACAACUGAUACAGCUGCUGCUCUCCGUUGUGCAGAAAUCAACGCAGAGGUAGUGCUCAAGGCAACAAACGUUGAUGGUGUGUAUGAUGCGAACCCCAAGCAUAACCCAAAUGCCCGCAUCCUCGAGACAGUGAGCUACAACGAGGUGAUCUCAAGAGACCUCUCAGUAAUGGACAUGACUGCCGUCACACUAUGCCAGGAGAACAACAUUCCUGUUGUCGUGUUCAACCUGCAAAACACUGGAAACAUCGCGAAAGCCAUCGUCGGCGAGAAGGUCGGUACCUUCAUAGGCUGCACAAGGAAUCUGGAAUACCGCGAAAGCACGGAGGGUUCGCUGGAUCAAGAAGACAAGAUCUUGGUUAGUGAGUGGUGA